CCCCCAUCCCCCCAAAACAAAAUGAAGAAGCAACCCACUAUGGCAUCCAGGACACCCCCGUACCACCACCUCCUCCCCUACCUGGCGAGUGUGGCCGCGUCCCUCAUCUUCUUCGCUCCCGACGAGGCACCCACGGGCAAGGGCCUGGCACUCAAAUGCUUCCCGAUAGUGCUGCUGACCCUGCACUUCAAGGCCAUCGAGGGGAGUCGCCAAGGGGAGGCCAAGUGGGUGUACAGGGCCCUUCAGUUCUCCGUGGUUGGCGAUGCGUUUUUGGUAUGGCCAGACCAGUUCUUCAUCCAAGGCAUCCUGUUCUUCGCCGUCGCACAAAUUCUCUACAUAAAGGCCUUCGGAUUUCGUGAAGUCAGCAUAGGCCUAGGCGCCAUCCCUCUGUACGGCCUGAGCUUAAUCGUUCUUGUGAUGAUCCUGCCCGGGUUGCCGACGCCCUUGCGAGUGGCCGUUCCCGUGUACGCCCUCAUAAUCACGACGAUGCUCUGGCGGGCCGUUGACAGAGCCCGCCUCCGUACCGACCUGAGCCAAGAGCGGCGCCUGAGCAGCCUCCUCGGCGCUGUCAUCUUCGUCAUCUCUGACCUGUGCAUCGCCACCCUCCAAGUCGGUCAGCUGAUUCCCCACGCCUACGCCCAGGUCAUCAUCCUCCUGACCUAUUACCUGGCGCAGCUGUUCCUCGUCCUGGGAUCCUUCGAAUCCUUCUGGGAGAGGAUGGUCGUGACGCCGAGGAAGCAGAAGCAGGCGAAGAAGGAGAGGGAGAAGAAGGAGAAGAAGAAGGCGAAAUGAAUUGGUUGGGUAUAGAUUGCUGUUUGUUUUGUAAUGGGGGUUUCGUUUAGAUGGUGUAAGAGGGAGAGGAAGAGAGAAAGAGAGAAAGAUACAGAGUAAGAGAGAGGGAGAGAGAGAGGGAGAGAGAGAGAGAGAGAGAGAGAGAGAGAGAGAGAGAGAGAGAGAGAGAGAGAGAGAGAGAGAGAGAGAGAGAGAGAGAGAGAGAGAGUAAGAGAGAGAGAGAGUAGAGAGAGAGAGAGAGAGAGAGAGAGAGAGAGAGAGAGAGAGAGAGAGAGAGAGAGAGAUGAUAAUAUGAUUUGUCUGGUUGCAAAAGAGGGAGACUAAAGUUUUAUUUUUGUUGUGUUGUAGUAUUGAUUUACAGUGAGAUGUUUCUGUAGUGUGUGUGUGUGUGUGUGUGUGUGUGUGUGUGUGCGUGCGCGCGCGUGUGUGUGUAUAUGUGUAUGUGUGAAUACAUGUCCAUUUGUGUGUAUGCAUAAGUGUGUGUAUGUUUGCAGUUGUAAGUAUGUCUGCCUAGAUAAGAGGCCUUAAGCAUGUGUGUGGAUACCUGAGGGGGUAAAAUAUUUUCCUUUGUUAUCAACAGAAUUCAAGGUUUGUCUCUAGUGGCUGACUUAUCAGUUAACAGAGAUAUCUUCCUCAGACAUUUGUACUAUUCUCUUGCUUUAUCUCCAAUUCCCUUACUCCAGCUUUCAUGUCAUGCUCUAAUGAAGCACCAUUAACGAAUAAAAUAGCAGUCACAGUGAGAA